AUGGCAAGAACUAAGCAGACCGCUCGUAAAUCCACCGGAGGCAAAGCCCCGAGGAAGCAGCUGGCCACCAAGGCUGCCCGUAAGAGCGCCCCGGCCACAGGCGGCGUGAAGAAGCCUCACCGUUACAGGCCCGGUACCGUGGCUCUGAGAGAGAUCCGUCGCUACCAGAAAUCCACGGAGCUGCUGAUCCGCAAGCUGCCCUUCCAGCGCCUGGUCCGAGAAAUCGCUCAGGAUUUCAAGACCGACCUGCGCUUCCAGAGCUCCGCUGUCAUGGCUCUGCAGGAGUCCAGUGAGGCUUACCUGGUGGGCCUGUUUGAGGACACCAACCUGUUAGACUCUGACAAAAUGAGUGGUCGCGGCAAGGGAGGAAAAGGACUCGGGAAAGGAGGCGCCAAGCGUCACCGCAAAGUUCUCCGUGAUAACAUCCAGGGAAUCACCAAACCCGCUAUCCGCCGUCUGGCUCGCCGUGGUGGAGUGAAGCGUAUCUCCGGUCUGAUCUACGAGGAGACCCGCGGUGUGCUGAAGGUGUUCCUGGAGAAUGUCAUCCGUGAUGCCGUCACCUACACCGAGCACGCCAAGAGGAAGACUGUGACCGCCAUGGAUGUGGUGUAUGCUCUCAAGAGGCAGGGCCGCACUCUGUACGGCUUCGGAGGUUAAAUCACCGUCUCAGCUCACUGCAACACAACGGCUCUUUUAAGAGCCACCCACAUCACCUCAAGAGCUCGUUUCUGUUGAUGUGAUACCGCUGUAUGUUCCCAUUUGACGUGGUUUCCUCUGAGUCACUCAUAUUGAUUAAGGGAAAAGUGUCCACAGUACCAUCUAUGUUAUGCAAUCGUGGCAACAAUAUUAAUGCUUAC